AUGUUGAGGAAACUGUGCUUUAAGGCUCCAGUCCCACGCUCCCAAUCCGGGGCUGAGCAGGCGACACUCGCAAUUGUAAGUCGCGGUAAGUGCACCUGCGGUGCCAGAAUGCACUUGCAGCGACAUUUGGGAAAUGCAAAGAUGAUGCCGGAAGGAGCGCCCAGACCGGUCAGAAGCGCUCCUUCCGGCACUAGAAAGACUAGAAGGGGCCCUGACCUUGAGAAAGUACUCCCUUUCCGGUCUCUCUGCUUUAAAUUCACUUCCUAA